AUGUUUUCCCGAACAUUGUUGGUUUUCUUCGCGUUUUCCAUUUCCAUCGUCUGCUCGAGUAGAACGUUGGCACCAUCUCCAGACAAUUCGCUAACGAGGCUGUAUUUGGUCCAAGUUGAUCCUGCGGUGUAUCAUGACUGUAAGGAAUACCAACAACUUCUCGAAAAGGUGCUUCACGAGAGGUCACCAAAAGGUGCUUUAAUAUAUUGCUACGAAUACGUCAUGAGCGGAUUUGCAGCAGUACUCACCGAAGAAGAGGCUGAAAUUUUGAAAGGUGAGAAAGGGAUUUUUCGUGUUGCCGAAGACACAAUAUUCCACCUAGAUGUGGGUAGUUUCAAGCAACCUAAUCACUAA